CCCACGAUCUUCACCGUCCUGCUCGCCGUUGACUAUAAGUUGCUCAGUGUUCAGCUCGGGAAUUGUUGUGAAGAAUCAGUGGAUGCUGUCCGAAUCUGCAAUCUUCGCUUUCAAAAAUCUAGGUCUUCAAAGCUGCAAAAAAAUCUGAUCUAGUGCAAUUCCUACCCGCUUCGUGUUUCACCCGCACGGCAAUUAGAACCAUGCUUGUACAGGCAUCCGGAUCAAAGGUCAACAUGCUUGCUGAAGAUGACUUCGGAAUUGUCUAUCUUAUAGAGAAUGCUCAGCAGUUUUGGUCAGAGCUUGAUGAUGUCCUUCGAGUUCCCAGCGACGGAUCUGCCACGUUAUCCAUGUUAGACACCGCACUCAGGAGGUUUGUGUCCCUCUGUGCUUCUUAUCACGAACAGUUCCUUCAAAGUCCAAUGCAACUGGAACAUGCAUGCAGUCUUCUACUUGACUCCGAGUUGUUUGUGUUUCACUCUGAACGGAUGUGCGAGUUGGCCAUCGAAGAUGUUGAGUCUAAAACAGAUCCACACUCGCAACUCAUUCUAUACAGCGUACUAUUGUUUCACGGCCGCCGUCAAUCGAACUUCAUUCGAUCCCAUAAGCAUUGGCAACCACUAAUACCGCUUCUCAUGGAUCACGCUUUGGUGGAAAUAAACCUAGAUACGGAGGACGUCUAUCUUGGGGCACCCUCCAUAUCGAGUGGUUCUGGUUCACGCUCCAGCAUGGUGGUUGGUCACAUACCCAUAGAGGCAAAGUUAAGGAGUCUGGGUGUGAGGCUACUUUAUGAAGUAUGCCGGGUCCAGAAACUGUCUUUACAUGAUUUGAGCGUUUUCAACGAUCAGUUUCUCGACAAUUUGUUUGAGCUUGUAGAGCAGACCCGAUUUAUGCCCGACGAAACUCUGAAUUACUCCGUAAUCAAAUUGAUUGUUGCAUUGAAUGAGCAGUUUAUGGUAGCCUGUUUAAGCAAUAAUCAACAACCUGGAGCCAAGGAGCCAGAAUUGCAAAAUCGAGUGCUCGCCGUCCUGAUAUCUCGUCUCGGAUCUAGCAAGACUUUUGGUGAAAACAUGAUAUUCAUGCUCAAUCGUGCUUCACGAUCUGCUGAAGACCUAUGUAUGCAACUUCUGGUCCUCAAGCUUCUUUAUAUUCUUUUCACCAACAAAGCAACGUCGGAAUAUUUUUAUACAAACGAUCUAUGUGUCCUUGUGGAUGUCUUCCUACGCGAACUGGUUGACCUUGAUGAGGAGAGUGAAUCUACGCAAAUGCGGAAUGUGCCAUAUAAACGUCCGCAAAUUGUUCUUGCCCUCGAAUCUCUUAUCCAAAAUGGAAAUAUCCGAGACAUCAACCCCACAACAAAACGUUUAGUUGAACGAUGUCUCGGAGGAGAGUGGUGUGUGCAGCUGCGAAGGACACCACACGAUAAAGAUGUGCUCAAGCGUCAGGGGGAUUUUCGACACAGCAGCCCAAGUCACGACAUCAUUGCGUCCACGAGUCAAGAUACUGUGUCCUCUCGAGCAGCAACUUCGCCAGACGUGGAGCAUGAUUCUGCUUCCAAGGCGCUGAGCUCGAAGCAGAAGAUUAUAAAGCACUUGUAG